AUGUGCCAAUUUGAAGUCAUCCACUUCCACUGCGGCCACGCCGGCCGCCGCCUCAUCAAGCACUGCCACUUCGCCCGCAACGACCCCAACCACCAAUGCUUCGGCGCGUGGUCGAUCAAGCGCGAAUGGAUCAGCGCCAACCAGAUCUGCCAGUCGUGCGGGCAGCAGGCUAUGAUGCGGCGGGCUCAGCAGGCGCAGCUGAGACUAUGA